UUCCUCGUCAACAAUGGCACACAUCCAGUACGUGGACGGUUUAAUUCGAGAAUAUAUCCUUUUCCGUGGGUUUUCCAACACGCUAAAAGCGUUCGAUAGUGAGCUAAAGAGUGAUAAAGAUAAAAGUUUUCGUGUGGACAAAGUUAUCGAGCAAAUACUGCUGCUGAUACACAAUCACGACCUGCAGGGGUUGCGCGAGCUGUGGGCCCAUUUAAAUAAUCACCUGUUCCGUAAUUUGGAGCACCAUUUCGCCACCGCUGUUAAUAAGCUGGAGCAAUCUGUACUGAAGUUUUACCUCAUCGUCGCCUAUACUUCGAAUAAGACGGAUAAAAUAACAGAGUUCUUCACCAAACUUUCAUCGGAGUUGGUAAACCAAAGCGAAUGGAAAGAGUGGUUCUUUUUCCCGUUUUGCAAAAACCCAGAAGAACAUGCAGCAUUUGCCGUCUGCUUUAGUAAGCAAUGGCAGGACACUUUGCUCAUUUCACUGCACAACUUCCUAUCGACUAUCUAUCAAUGUAUGCCGCAGCCAAUCAUCGCAAAGGCCGAAUCUGAGGGAUGUCUAAUAAAGAAACUGCAGGAAGAAAAUGCUCUACUGCGAAGCAAAUUGAGCACCAUUCAGCAACAGCAAUUGCAGCAGCAGUAUCUGCAGACGGCUGGUCCCGGAAGUCAUCACUCGCGGCUCAGUGCUUCAUCGGGCGGAGAUCAACGGCUCACGGCGGACGGUCGAAUUCGGUACUCGUCGCGGCCAUCGUCAAGCAUGCUUUCGCUGAACGAUCUGCAACCGUUCGGCAUUCCUCCACCCACCCACAUCGUGGAUGAUUUCUACAUUAUCGCACAGGAGUCGAACAGUAUGGGGAACGCGGCUGAGGGACAGGCCAGGGGUUUGAAGUCGCUGAUAAGAAACAUAGGAUCCGGUGGAAGCCCCGUGCUCGGGCGACGUGAGGCCGUGCUAGAACGAAACAAAAAACGUUCCGGCAGUGUAGGAAGUCGCGGUAAUUGGAUUCAUAGUUGAGCACGGGAUAGCUCAAUCCCGUUUUGACAAAGGUACAUUUCCAUAUACUUUAACUCAUAUAUACUCAUAGCGUAUGUAAGGUUUUACCAAAAAGGUUUUUUUUAAGAAUAUUAUAGGCAUUGAACACACUUUUACGUUCACUUAAAUGCUUUAUUUCCAAUCGUUGUGCAUUAAAAUACUGGUUUAAAACGCAGCCCAAGGCAAACUGAAGAAGGCUAGAACAUCAAAUGCGCGUUCGCUAAAAGGCCACUUCCGAUCGUCGCUCGUGAAAAUUUUUGUUUUCAUGUCAGACCGAUAGCAAGUAUUUUUCUUUUUCAUGCAAUCAUGCUCUGUCUAACGUAUCAGCGUUUUACGGGUCAGUUAAUAUCAUUGGCUUCUCAUACUGUGUGUGAAUAUAAGGAAUUCUUAUCAAAUACUUUCUUUUUGACGAAUAAAUUAGGCACCACCGAUCAAUGCGCACAGGGCACGCUUGUAAUCUCCGGAGCAUUCAUUCUGAAAAGAAAUAGGUAGAAAGCAAAACAGAAUCAUUUUAAUUGGUCGUACUUUUUUUGUUGGUAAAUAUUCGUGAUUAAAGGAGAUUUUGUGGCGUGAA